GAGAAAGGAUCAUGAGACCAAUGGACUUGUUCGGAGAGAUUGAUGAGCAGGUUUCGUCCAUGGCUAUGGACGUCGACGACGUCGACUCACUGGAGAUCUUCUCGGAGGGCGUCAUCACCACCGAUAACAAACUCGCCGAUGCGGAUUUCUUCAACACCUUCCAAGAUGAUUUCGAUGAUUCUGAUAUCAACUAACGCCAUUUCUUAAUCAUCUGCCUCUGUUUUCUUUUCCUUUAUGGAUUAGGGUAUCGUUAUCUGUUAUUUUCCUCUUCAUGAUGGGGAAGGAACAACAAAAGAAAAGAAAAAAGUUGUACUUU